AAAAGCACCAAUGAUAAAAGCAAGCCAACAAUAUUUUUGCAAUAAAUAAAAGUGAAUUAAUAAUUAUUAAUAAUACAUUUAUCCGAAAAUAGUGGGAUAAAUUUGGACGUUAAUAUUGAUCAUAAUUAAACAAGUACAUUAUUGUUAAUAAUUAUAAGUGUAAUAAUUAUUAAUAAUAAAAGUGUAGGCAUCCAUUAUGUGUAGUGUCGCAGUGGCGUAAUAUUACUAUCUUUUUCUAAUACACACAUACUAAAUUAAAAAAGAGAAAAAAAAAGCCGUUUGGGCUUGGAAGAAAUAAGAAUAGAGGACUCAACACAAAAACCGUCAUCUCUAAAAAAACCAUAAAAUGGCGAAUAGCACUUGUUAUUUAUAUUUAACAUUAUUAAAUAAACAAUAUUAUUAACAAUCAAUUAUCAACAAUAACAAUUGAUUUUACAAUCAUCAAAUCAUACAUCAAAUUAUCCUCGAGGCAACCAUACUUGGGAUCAAUGUGAGCUAUGAAAAUGAUGAUGAUGAUGAUAAUCACGUGGACAUUUUGACUAUAAUAAACGAUAAAAAGAGUGCUACGUGUAAUAUGGCAAGUUAUUAUACCUAUGAAGGUGUACGAUAUGAGCCUGUUCAACAAAUAUGCACAACUGAUGGACAAAAUUAUCAUUUAGUUAUGUCUGAUGUUAAUAACGGUGAACAACAAUAUUUUACAUAUACAACACAACAAAAUAGUGAUACACCAGUCCUUCAGCAACAAGAAAUAUAUAUUGAAGGAUCAUUACAACCAGGUCAAAGUUCAAACGUAUAUUAUCUCAAGACUGAUGAUAAUAAUUUAUCAACUGAAGAAUAUAAAGCUGAAUUUAUACAUCAAAUUGGAUCAAACGAAGUUUUAUCAGUUAGUGAAAAUAAUAUUAAAGAGCCAAUAACUAGAAUUAUUAAUGGUCAACAAAUACAAUUGAUUAAUGUGCCUACAAAUAAUACAAAACAAUUAACAAUGAAAAAUCCACCGCCACGAUCAAUCCCAUUGAAAAAGAGAAUGAAUCAUGUUGUCAUUGAUGAUGAUUCAGGUUCAUCAAAUAAAAAAUAUCCAUCAACACCAAUACCAAUUCAAAAACAAAAACAAAGACAAGCUAUGCAACAGCAACAAUCAAUACUACCAUCAGCAAUUAAUCGUUCAACAAAUACUGUUGCACCAUCAACUUAUCGUUUAAAAUCAUUAGUAUCAACAUCAGUACCAUCAAAAUUACAAGCAUCAUUAACAAAAACAUUAACACCAUCAAUGAAACCACCAACACCAUCACCAAGACUACCAAUACAUCAUAAUACACCACCAACAGUACCAACAGUACCAUGUAAUUCAGAUGCACAAGUAUUAGAGUGUUUAAGUGAAAGAUUAAAACAAAAAAAAGCAACUAAAGCAAUGCAACAACCACAACCACAACCACAAAAAGCUCAAACAUAUUCACAAAAAAAAACACCAGUACAAUCAGUUUAUAUAAAUUCAUCACCUGAAAAACAAGAGCAAUUAAUAAAUUUAGAUAAAUCAGAUACUGAAUCAAUACCAGAUUUAUCUGAUAAAUCAGUAAAUUCUGAUAAUUCAUAUAAUGACGCAGAAGGACCAAAUAUUAAUGAAAGUUAUGCAUAUUUACAAAAAGCCAUUGAUAAUCCACAAACAACAAUUGUACAACAUCAAAUUGAAGGUAAUACUGUUAAAAUGUUGGUUGUUAUGCCAAAUGGUGAACAAAGAUUAAUAACAUUUGAUAUACCAAAUGAAGAAUGUACUGUUAAUGAUUUACUUGAACAGGCUGGUAUACCAUUUAAUGGAACAACAACAGUAUCACUUGUUAAAGAUCCAAUAUUAAAAAUAAAUUAUAUUGUUGAAAGUGAAGCUGGUACAAUUGUUGAUUCAACUGAAACUGAUGAUGUUAAUGAUGAAUUAUCAAAUGAUGAUAAUGUAUUGUUUGAUAAAAAAUAUUUACCAGAUGAUUAUGAAGAUAAUAAUAUACAUGCAACAUCAACUGUUAAUAUUGAAGAACCAAAAUACAUUGAUGGAAAACUUGCAGUGUGUGGUAAUUGUGGUUUAACAUCAAUGGAUUUUAAUCGUUGUUAUCGUUGUAAGAAAAAAAUUCAAGAUAAUCCAAAAACUACACCUUAUGCAUGUCAACCAACACAAAAAAGAGAUAUGAUGGUGUCAAUUGAUAAGUAUUAUAAAGGUUUUGGAAAUAAUAAUAAAAAUAUUCAUGAUGAUGGUUCAUCAAGAUCACGUGUACGUCAAAAAACCCAAAAACAAACAAAAUUAAUAAAAGAACCAGAAUGUUUAACUUUAUCAUCUGAUGAUGAAGAUACAAAUGAUUAUGAUAAAAAAAUUAAAAAAAUUGAUAUUAAAAAAAAAUAUACAACAAGAGAUAAUUUAAUAAAUCAUGAAUUAGAUGUUAUAUCAGAAAAAGAACCAAUUAUAACAAAUACUGUAAUAAAAAAUAUUGACGAAUUUAUUGAUUCAGCUGAUUUUAAUUAUGAUGAUAAUCAACAAAUUGAAACUGAAUUAUCAAAUAUGGAAAAUGAUUCAAUAUUAAAAUUAAAUGCAUCAUUAAUGUGUCGUACAGUUAGAAUUGGAUCAUAUAAAUAUGUACCAAAAGAUUAUAUUAUUAUAAAUUCAUCUGGUUUAACAUUAUCAGUACCACUACUUGAAGAUGAAACUGAUACAGUUAAAAUACAUGUUAAAUUUCAAGAUAUUGUUAAAGUAUUAAUACAUUUUUCUAAAUCAAUGCCAGUAUUAUUUUUUUAUACAAAUACAAUAUCUGGUUCAAAAAUACGUGAAAUAUUAGGUAUGCAAGAUACAAAAGGACAAUAUUAUGAUCCAGCUGGCAAAGAUCAAACUCACAAAAGAAUAACAUUAUUACCAGAAUCAUUAAAUGAAGAGUCAAAAAUAAUAUUAAAACAAUUAUUUUCAGUAAAUAAUUUACUUGACGAGCUAACAACAAAAGAAGCUAAUGAUAUAUUAAUAAGAGCAUCACCAAAAGAUCCAAGUAAUUCAUCAUCAAAUAUCAAUAAAAGACAAUCAACAAUUGGUAAUAAUAAUUUAAAUGAUGUUGAAAAUAUGACUGUUUAUCCAGCACCACCAGCAAAAGGUGGAAUAACAAUAACAACUGAUGAUUAUUCAUGCUUAGCUGAAGAUCAAUUUUUAAAUGACGUGAUAAUUGAUUUUUAUUUAAAAUACAUUACACUUGAGUUGUUGUCAGUUCAUGAUCAACAACGAACUCAUGUAUUUAGCUCUUAUUUUUAUAAACGUUUAACAAGUCCACAUGCUCAUACUGGUGAUAGUAAAAAAUUAUUAUCACCAGCAGCAAAGAGACAUGCAAGAGUAUCCAAAUGGACUAAAAACGUAAAUAUUUUCGAUAAAGACUUUAUCAUAAUUCCGAUAAAUGAGCAUUCACAUUGGUUUUUAGCAAUCAUAUGUUUCCCUGGUUUAGUUGGUGUUGUUAAACCUGAAGUAACAACAACAACAACAACAACGACAACAACAACUACAGCUACACCAGGAACAUCAUUAUUAAAAACCAAUGAUGAUAAAAUAAAUAAAAAUAAAAAAGUAAAAGAACAUAAAUUACAAAGUGUUACAAUUGGUAGUACAACAAUAACACCAGUAACAACAACAAUAACACUUGAUCAACCAGAUGAUGGAUCAGAAAGAGAUGAAGCUGAAGGUGAUGAUGAAGAGCUUGAUAUGGAAAGUGAUGAUGAUGAAGAAGUUGUUAAUGAUGCUAGUGGUGGUAGUGUUGGUAAUAAUGGCAAUGGUGAUAAUAAUUCUGUUGAUACAACAAAAAAUAAUAGUGAUGAUAAAGUUAUUAAUAAUAAUGAAGAUAAUGAAGAUGUAAAAAUUAAAGAGGAGAAUAUUAAAGAGGAGAAUAUUAAAAUACCAUGUAUUUUAAUAUUUGAUUCACUUGCUGGUGCUGGUAGAUCUCGUGUUGUUGCAACAUUGAGAGAUUAUCUGAGCUGUGAAUAUACAGCUAAAAUUGGUGGUGAAAAAGUAUUUACAAAAGAUACUAUCAAAGGUGCUUGUCCAAAAGUACCACAACAAUCAAAUUUUACUGACUGUGGAUUAUACGUUUUACAAUAUGUAGAAAGUUUUUUUAAAAAUCCUAUUAUUAAUUAUACAAUGAGAAUUAAAACUUUAAAAAAUUGGUUUGAUGAAAUUAUUGUAACACGUAAAAGAGAAGAUUUGUCAAAAUUAUUGGUUAAAUUAAUGAGAAAAACAAAUGGUGAUAAAAUGAUUGAUGUUCCAAUAUUACAAUUUCCAACAAUUGAUGGUAUACUUAAACCAAGACCAGAAAAAAUUGAAGAAAAAAAAGAAGAUGGUAAAAGAAAGGAUGAAGAUAAAUAUACUGAACGUGAACCUGGUGAAAUUAGUCCAAGAUCAAUGCAAACUUAUACAAUUGUUGCAUGUACAAGUGCUGGUGAUAGUAGUGCAAUGGAAAUUGAUAUACAAAAAUCUCAAACUGGAUCAACAACAAUGACACCUAGUACCAUAACAUUCUCCAAAACAAAAAGACAUUCAAGAAUGCCAUCUACUGAUCCCAACAAUGAGAAUGGACCAAUUAAAAAAUUCAAGAAUGAGACAACUUGAUUUCUGUAAAUAAAUAUCUAAAAAAAAAAAAUAACAAAAAAUGAUAAAAUUAUACUUUUUUGUUGUUUUUUUUUCUUUUCUUUCGUUUAUUUUUUUUUUUUUUAAUUAGGUUUUUAUUACUUAUAUGCUAAGGCUAUUAUUAUUUCAUUUUUCAUCUUUUUUUUUUUUUUUUAUACAUAUAUAAAGAUAUAUAAUUAUUAAUUAGUGUUAAUGAAUAAUUAGAGUCAAAACGCCCAACACAUAAGUUAAUGAAAUAAAUGAAAAAUA